UUCUUCCUCUCUUCUCUCCCGAGACCAUCCCCGGACUGAAUCCAAGAAUCGGGGAAAGGAUCAGAUAUGAGAACGGGAGACCUUGUUGCCGCCGACAGACGGAGCGAGCCCAUAGAUCUCACCCUGUUUGGCAAAUGAAACUGUUUUUAAAGCUGAGAGGUUUCUGCAGUGAAUGAAAGAUGAAGCCGAAGUAGGAGCCUUGCGGUCCUUUCGAAGGGAUUCGCAGACCCACUGAAAAGAACCAUGUUUGCCUUUUGAAGACUGCGAUUCUCGAGGGGCUUAAGUGGUUCGCGGCUCGCAGCCACUGCUUUUUACAGGGCCUUCAUUCAGCACGUCACUUAAGCAUGCCUCGAUGAAGCCCGUGGCAAUUAAAUUGCAUUUUUUAAAAGUACUCUGAAGGGAAGCAUUUAAUAUGUUGUGUUUUUUCUGCUGCUGUUCUAAAAUUGCACUCAACUCUUUCAGUGGACACAAGUGAGUGUGCUAUCUUCUGAUUGAGUUGGAGCUGUGAUGUCUUACAUUGCAAAGAAGUGUGGCAUCCAGUUACAGCCUCCAUCUAUUAUUUUAAUCUAUGAAGAUCAGCUCAAGAAUAAUGUACGCAAGCGUAUCAUGCCUAUCCGGAAUUUCUCUAAGUUCUCAGAUUGCAGCAGGGCAGCAGAACAACUAAAGAAUAACCCUCGGCACAAGACUUAUUUAGAAGGAGUCUCAAUGCAACAGCUACAAAAGUUGCACAGUUUGCUAAGAGGCCACUUAGAGGGACAAAGUUUGACUCGGAGUCUGGAACAAAUUCAACGAGAAGAAUCAGUUGAUCCAGAGGAAGACCUAAACAAACUCGAUGAUAAGGAGUUAACCAAAAGGAAAAAAAUAAUGGAUGAGCUAUUUGAAAAAAACAGGAAAAAGAAAGAUGAUCCUGACUUUAUCUACAAUGUAGAAGUGGAAUUUCCACAGGAUGGAAACCUUGAAUCCUGUGGCUGGGAUUCAGAAUCAGAUGAUGAUGAGUUCUGAUCCAGAACCAAGGUGGAUUCCUGGGCUUUGAUCACACUGGGCAUGAUUGCUAAAAAUCUAGAUAAAAUGUGCAUAGUCAUAUUUUUAGCAACAGAAAGUUGAACAAUCCUGCUAUUUAGUUGCUUUAUUUUGUACCAUCAAAACAUAUUAAGACUUCUGCCUUUCCUUUUUCUUAGCAUGUAAACAUGCUAUGUAAAAAGUCUUUUGAGGUGCUUGAUGAAAAAUAUGACCAGACUUAAAGAGUUUUGUGCUGUCACAUACCCUCUCCAAUUAAAAUAAUGAGCCUCUGUUUUAUAUUUCAUCAGGUGUUUUCGAGUUAGCUAGGAUACCAAAAUUUGUGUCAUUUGAAUGCUCUAGCUUUCAUAUGCCUCUCUUUGUUUAAUUAGACAGGAAUAUUAGCUGCACAAUAUGAUAUUACUGCUUCACACCAAAAUCACAUGUAGAUUUUUAAUAAUGGCUUCCUGAGGAAAAAAUCAACGUUGUGAUGAGAAUGUUAAUAUUUAAAUAUUCUGUGCUGUGUUGAAAAGCAUGUAGGGGAUUUUUUUGUGGCUGGUAAAAUUUAGAAGUCAAAUUAAUUUUUUUAAUGUGCUGCUGAUAUGAAUAUUUAUUGUAAUAUUACUUUACUUCCAUAAUUUAUCUCUGUUAUUUAUGGCCAGAUCUGAGAAAGUGGCUGACCAACAAAGUAAUCUUGAAAAGCUGUAAGAGUUUAUAAUAAUUACCACAAUUAAAUAGUAUAUGAUAUUC